CGCCAAAAUUAAGUAUUUCCUGUGCUCGCCGCAAGGUGCGCAGUUGGUCAAAAAGGUUGAAAAUAGAAAAAAGAAGAAGAAGAAGGUGUGUUUCACCCAGGAAAAAGUGCAAAAAGAAAAUAGUGAAAAUUGCUAGGGAAAAGUGCAAAAUAUUGCUAAAUUUUGUGAUUACUUGGAAGCUAUAAAGGUGUCCUGGAAGAUGGAGGUCUUACUUUGACGAAAUCCUCGAUGGAAAUGGUGAAAAUUUGAAGAAAAAUAUGCAGAAUGAUGUCUAUCGAAAGACUUGAGUGAAAUUGCUUUUUUUCCUAAGGAAAAAAACAAAUCUUACGAUUUUUCUUCAAGCACAUAUUUUUAUGCUCCCUUCCAGCCUGCAAAGACAUCAAAUACUGAUAAGUAUAUUUGCUCAAUGUUUAAGUGCUUCCUCACGGUGUGGAAGAAAAUAAAGUCCACUCCAUGUGCAUGCAUAAGUAAUGGGGUGUUCUUUAUCGAAAUAACAAAUAAAAAAUAGCACAAACAAAUUUGUGGAGGAAGGCAGAAUGAAGAAGCAGAGAAAGAGACAGAAAGUGUAGUAUAGGAAAAAAUUUCAAUAGUAUUUUACGCUACUAACCCAGGUGUUGGUUCUCUACUUCCAUCAUCUCUCCAAAAAUUGAUGGAGAAAUUGUGAUGAACUCGUUGGUGGUGGUGCAAUUUGUAGUGAAUUAAAGUUUAAAAAUAAUUAUGUGACAUUAGAAAAAUACCAAAAAAGAAAAAAAAUAGUUCUUGCCAAAAGUUCUCUCAACCAAAGAAGAAGAAAAAAUAUGAGAAAAUCGCGAAGAUUGUCUCAAAAAGUGGCAGCAGCAGAAAAAGCUGCUGCUGCUGCCAAGACAAAAAAUACCAGUCAACAUGAUCGGGUACCAAAGAUUGAACCAAAGGAUGAGCCUGAAAAAUCGUCAGAGCCUGAUCCACAGCUUGAGCCAAAGAUUGACAACAGUCCAAAGAAGAAGAAAAGCACGAAGAAGUACAUUUGCGAUGUCUGCGAAAAGAUCUUCCAAGGUCUCAAUGAUCUACGAAAGCAUUCAAGAAUUCACAACGACGAAAGACCCUAUGCUUGUUCUCAAUGCGAUAAGAAAUUUCGUCAGGCGGGAUGCCUGAAAAAUCAUAUAGCUUCGCAGCAUGGGAGUGAUGUUCAGUACAUCUGUGACUAUUGUAACAAGCCCUUUCCGAUCAAAGAACGCCUCAGGCUCCAUCUUAGGAUCCACACCGGUGAGAAGCCCUACAAAUGCAAAUUGUGUCCUAAGCAGUUUGCACGUGGAGGACAACUGUCUCAGCACAUGCUCUCCCAUAAUGGCGUCAAAAAGCAUCGAUGCAGUUUCUGUCCCAGCGCCUUUUCAUGUUCUGCUAAUCUGAGGCUGCACACAAAAGCUCACAAUGAUGAGCGUGAUUACACGUGUCACAAAUGUGGCAAGAGUUUUCUGCGUCCUGAUGCCCUGAACAAGCAUUUAUCGUGCCUCCAUGGCAACGUUAAGGCUUUUCUCUGUCCGAUUUGUAAGAAGAUGUUCAAAGGUCAUUUGCCGCAGCAUAUGCGCAUCCACAAGAACUUGAAGCCACAUGGCUGUGCAGAUUGUGGCACGGCCUUCACGCAGCGUAGUCAGUUGGUAGUGCAUCAGAGGAUUCACUCUGGUGAAAGGCCAUAUCGUUGUCAGGUUUGCUGGCAAGCUUUUGCUCACUCCAGUGUCCUCAAGCUGCAUAUCCGGAAGCAUACGGGUGAGAAGCCUUUCAAGUGUCCACUCUGUGUGGAACAAGAAACAGCUUUCUCACAGCUUCCACAUCUCAAGAAGCAUAUGCAGGCCAUACAUAAACAGGAUAAGCCUUACAUGUGCGAGUCUUGCAAUCAAUUUUUCCGCACCAAGAUCGAGCUUACGCAGCAUAAUAGUGAAUGCACGAAGCAAGAGGAUGCAGAAGUCAAUGGAGGAGGAGAGAGCGAUACUGAGGGAAUGAUUGAGACUCCAAUGGCUCUAAGUCGAAUGCGUCUACUGGUGGCAGUGCUCAUAAAGAAGAUCUCAUCAGAUGAACGUCUCAAGACUUUGGGUUUUGAGAAGAGAUUGAUUGACAAUGUGCUGAUUGAUUCACUGAAAUUUGGCAAGAGGACAGUCUGUGAAGAUGCCACGAAGUCUGAAGCUGAGAGGCUGAAGAUAAAUAUUCGUGAGCUUCUUGAGUGGACAGUUCCACAGCAUUUCAUGGAGAAGUUCAAGAGUGAACAGAAGAGCACAGAAGAAUUGCUCGAGGAAUUAGCCAGUUAAAUAAGGAGUCACAUUUUAAAUCGAUUUUAUUCUAUUCGUAGUAUAAAGAAAAAUAAUGCUUCACCAAAUGGCAUGCAUUCACACUCUUAAAUGUUUGCACAAUAAAUAACAAAGGUGGUGGGAUUAACACUUGUUUAGGAUUAGAUUUCUUCAUUUAAAACAUUCUCUCAAUAUUUGCCAAAAUUUUUAUGGGUGUAGUUUAGUUUUAUUUCAAUUCUAGUCUUCAAUUGCCAUUUUUUAUUAUCUUUUUUUUUUAGGUACAAAUCAAUUUAUGCCAUAUAUUUUACACAUGAGAUAACCCACCUAUCAAAAUAUUUGUGUAGUUCCAAAUGCAAAAAUACGGAAAAAUAAAAUCAAUUGAUGUUAA